CUUAACAUCACAAUAACUACCAUAUAAAUCCAUCCUCGAAUAACGUUUCCGAUUAAACUACAAAUAUGGCUGUGGAUUAUGUGCUGGAGGACCUGAUGGGGAAACUAGGGGAAUUUGGAAAGUACCAGUUCCUGCAGUUCUUCCUGCAUGUCCUUUCCGCCUUGACCGCUGGCAUGCACAUGCUAUCACUGGUCACAGUGGCCGCCGUACCCGAGCACCGAUGCUUCAUCGAGGGUCUGGACAACAGCAGCUUGUCAGUGACCCCAUGGAACUCAAGCGCUAUCUUAGCUGCCAUUCCACUAAAGCCCAGUGGAGAGCUAGAAUCCUGCAUUAUGUUUGAUCCUGCUAACCUAGGAUCUAAUACCACAGUUCCCUGUACAAGUUAUGUAUACGACACGACGUACUACAAAACAUCCCGCACCAUUGACUGGAAUUUUGUUUGUGAUCGCCGCUGGAUGGGGGCCAUUGUACAGACCGUGUUCAUGCUGGGCGUGUUUACCGGGGCCGUCACCCUUGGCGGACUGGCCGAUAAAGUAGGUCGAAAGACCGUAUUUUGCUGGUCGGCUCUGUUCCAACUGAUCAUCGGCGUGGGUGUGGCCUUCAUUCCCGAAUACUUUUCAUUUAUGGUGGCCCGCUAUCUGUUGGGCAUUGUUGGAUCAGCGGGUGCCUACAUCUGCGGUUUUGUGCUGACCAUGGAGCUGGUGGGACCAAGUAAACGAACUGUGUGUGGUAUUACCUUCCAGGCUGUCUUCGCUGGUGGCAUCAUGUUGGUGGCCGGAUGGGGAGCACUAAUCCAUGACCGCCAAUGGCUGCAGGUGAUCUAUGGACUGCACGGCUGCCUUUUCUUGGGCCACUGGUGGUGGAUGGAUGAAUCUCCGCGCUGGCUGUGGAUGCAGGGACGUGCAGCCGAGGCUGUAGACAUUGUGGCCAAGGGUCUGAGGAUCAACGGAUCUGGAAUUCCAGUGGAUAAGGAGUACUAUGUCCAGAAGGCCAAGCAACAGGCAGCGGCCGAGGAGAAGACCAGUGCCGGCUUAGGCGAUCUUUUCCGCACACCUAACCUGCGGAUGAAGACCCUCAACGUGUGCCUUUGCUGGUUCGCCAAUUCCCUGGUUUACUACGGACUUUCGCUGAGUGCCGGCAAGCUGUACGGAAAUCCUUAUCUGAUCUUGUUUAUCUUGGGCCUGGUGGAGUUCCCCAGUUAUAUAACCAUUGUAUUUGUACUGGAUCGCUUGGGUCGUCGAUCGAUUACCUCCACGCUGAUGUUGGGAGGGGGUCUGUGUUGCAUUAUUGCUGCCUACAUUGCCCAAGGAAGCACUACGUCCACGGCGGUGGUAAUGGCAGGAAAACUGCUCAUUGCCGGAUCCUUUGCCGUGAUCUACAACUACUCGGCAGAACUCUUUCCCACUGUGGUGAGAAACUCAGCCAUGGGAUUGGGAUCGAUGUGUGCCCGUUUGUCUGGAGCCCUUACCCCACUCAUCACUUUGCUGGACUCAUUUGACCCCAAGAUUCCCGCUGUACUCUUUGGUGUAGUGGCAUUAAUCUCAGGUUUUUGGGUAAUGUUCCUGCCGGAGACAAUGAAUCAGCCAAUGCCCGAGUCCAUUGAAGAUGGAGAGAACUUUGGAAAGGGCGAUACUUGGUUUAGCCAGUGCGCUGGUCGCAAGAAGCGUCAGAAUAGCGUCUAUCCCGACGACCCCGAGCAGAUGGUGCCGCUCAAGAAUAUCGAGAGCAAGUAAUAUCAAGCCAAAGACGAUUGUGCGAAAGUUCCAAAUCCAGUUCAAAGUCCCUUGUUACCCUGUUUUUUUCUUGUUAAGAAUUCUACUCUUCUGCCUAGUAGUAUAAGUUUUAAGUUUUCACUAUCCAUGCCAAGUGAAUAAAAAUAUUCAGCAGAAUUGGAAAAUCUACAAUGUGUGGAUUUAACUAUUGCUGUGUGUCCCUAAGUUGUUUGUAAAUUGUAUUGUAUUUGUUUUAGAUGGUCAAAAAUAAAUCUUAAAGUCACUUAA